GAGUGGGGGGAGCUGGAUAGGGCAAGAAAAGAACUGAGAAAGAGAGAGAUAGUGUUGGGUUGUAGGAGGGGAGCAAAUGGCAGGAAAGAAAUCGAGAAAGGUAGAUCUGGGCUGGGUAGGAGAAGAACUAAAGGUGAGACUGCUGGAUUGGAAGGCAUAUGCUGGAAGAAGAUCCAGCUUCAAAAGACAGCAGUCUUCUGCAGUAACUAAUGUUAUUUUUCUCUGACUUCAUCUUGACCUGUUUUCUUCUCCAACAUGAAAUUGACAUUUCAGUCAACCAGUGAAGAGCUUUUUGUCUUUCAGAUAUUAUACUAAACACCCUUGUCUGGAUUCCUGCAAAACCCUCCUUGAAAAUUCCCAGAUAUUAUUUGUCAAUAUUCCUGUGGAUACCAUUUCCUAAAUGCCAGAAUACGUUUGCAAAAGUGGAAGGAGGGUUCGGAAUUGUGUUUCUUUUGAGCAUAGACAAGAUAGGCGGACACAGAGAAAUCUCACCAUCACAAACAACACAAAGCCCAGGUCCCAGUUCCAAAUUCGCGCCCUUCAGCCAGAUUCCUGUGAUUGAAAAUUACGUGUGCCAAUUAAGUUCUGUAGGUGACUAAAUAGAGUUUUUCUUCCCUCUGGUGCGUCUGGAUUCAUUUGUGUCCCUAUCAAAAGGCUGCACUAAAUCAGUUGCUGAGAAUGUUCCUGAGUUGAAAGGCUCUGACAUUUCGCCAGUUUUAUCCGUUAUUGCAUAAAUAGGGGCGGCUCUCUGACACGGUGUAACGCCUUAACAAAACACCAAUGUGGGAGGAUUUCCUGCUCAUUGUCCAGGCACCGUUCCUUCACAAGCAGAAGGAGGAGCAGCCACGGAUGAAUGUGUCUCCGCUGAUUACAAACGGUGAGAAGGAAGCAGAUCAGUUAAGAAGUGGUUCGUGAGGUCAGGUGUUGCACAAUAAGUCUUCCAGUUAACUAGGCGAGGUUAAAAGGAACCAUGGGAACAAGACCCCAGAGAAUUUAAAGGGAGAGCAGGAAAAAGAACCAGAGCCAGAUGGAAUCAGAGACAAUUACAACACAGAGGAAGGCAGUGGAUCCAUUGUGUGCAUAUUGGACCAAGGAGAACUAUCCAACAUGAUUAUUCAUCCUAGUACUCAGUCCAGAUAUUCAGCUCAUCCAAGUACUUUUCAAACAUCCUGUGGUUUUCUGCUACCCGUAUUCUACUCCCAUUUUGAACAGGGAGUUGCAGACCCUUGUCUCAAUUUUGUGAGAAAUGUUUUUUACCUAAAUUCACUUCUGGUAAUUCAAUCAAAUCCACUUCAUCGAUGGUAAUAUGUGAAGUAUCUUUCCAUUCUCAACACUGUCCGAACAUUGAGAAGAAUUGUAACUCAACUCAAUUCCUACUCUUGUUAUCUUAUCCAUCUAAGCUGCAACUUAGGUCUAUGUGAUUCUGAAGACAUUUGAAAAAGGCUAAAAUGUAUAAGGAAAUGACGUGGUCCCCAACUAACAAAUCAGGGGACAAUAUCUCCAACUGCCCACUGAUUGAUGAUUUUCGAAAUCAAGUCUAUUCCACAGUAUACUCCCUAGUUUUUGUGGUGGGCUUGUCAGGCAAUGCCUUUGCUGUAUAUGUGCUGGUGAAGACUUUUAAACAAAGAACAGCUUUCAACAUUUACAUGCUCAACCUGGCAGUGUCAGAUUUGCUGUGUGUAUGCACCUUGCCCAUGCGAGUGAUGUACUACAGUUACAAAGGUAGAUGGAUCUUUGGGGACAUCUUGUGCAGAAUCACCUCUUACUCUCUCUAUGUCAACCUGUACUGCAGCAUUUACUUCAUGACUGCCAUGAGUUUCACCCGAUUCCUGGCCAUUGUGUUCCCUGUUAAAAAUCUGAAAGUAGUAAAUGUUAAGAAGGCCAAGAUAGUCUGUGCAGUGAUAUGGAUCUUUGUCACAUUGACAAGUGCUCCAUUCUUGAUGUCAGGCUCUCACGUUCAUGGAAACAAAACAAAGUGCUUCGAACCUCCAUCUGUUGAUCGUAAAGGGCGUCUGAAAAGCCUUUUGAUCAUGAACUACUUAUCUCUGGUUUUGGGCUUCAUCCUACCCUUCUUCAUCAUUCUUGUUUGUUACACCUUUAUCGUAAGGACCUUAAUGAAAAGCACAGCAGCCAUUCAUAAGAAGAAGGCAUCACGUCGAAGAGCAGUACAUCUAAUCAUAAUUGUGCUUGCUGCCUUCCUGAUCAGCUUCAUGCCGUAUCACAUCCAGCGUACAGUACAUUUGCAUUUCUUGAACCAGGGAGAGAAGAACUGUGAUGACAUAGUUUAUAUGCAAAAGUCAGUCGUAGUCACACUCUGUCUGGCUGCCGCAAACACCUGCUUUGACCCACUCUUAUACUUCUUCUCAGGGGAAAACUUUAGACGAAGGCUCACAAUUUCUUUCAGUAGAAAAUCAUCUAUGUCAAGCCAUCAAGUGUCAAACAAAAGGAAACGCUCGUUGAUGUUCCAAGAAAAUGACAAAUCUGAUGAAAAUGCUGACACCACUGCGAGGUCAAGCAGAAGCAACAACAACAACAACAAAAACUAAAUCCAAUGCCGUAAAGCUUUGGAACAAGCUUUCAAAGUGGGAAAUAACUUUUGUUGCGAUUGUGUUUCUAUUAUGCAAAACAAAUACAAACCAAACUUUUUCUGUUAAUUCCUCCAAUUCAAUCAUAGGAACAGCCGAAUGAUACCUCUUCAUUGGUAACAUUUACAACAAAGGCAUCCCAGAAUCCAUGAUCCCUUAAAAAUGCAUUGUCUCCACAAAAACAACUUUUCACUUAUUUACAGGUGCUGUUGUAAAAUGUAUCUAAAAUGCAAAGGCUGAAUUAGGUUUUUCUUGUCAAGAUUACUGAUUGGAUAUUUUAUGUGCCCUCUACAUUCUGAUUGAUAUUGGUAUAAUGAUGAUUGCUUCAAAAAGAUUGGUGGUGAUGAUUCUGGGACUUGGGGUUUCACAGAUUCCAUAGCACCACAACGUCCGAGCUUCCUUCCAUUGAACAGAAGUUGAAAAUGAAAACAAAAUCUGAGAGGGGAUAUAAUCUAAUUUAAAACUCUGAGCAGUCUCAAACGUGGAUUUUGACAGAUUGUUUGAGCAGGAUGUUGAGCCGGGUCUAGAGGGCACAGGUUUAAGAUUAACAAGGAUCAAAAAAAGGGAUGAGAGGUGUUGAUUCACUUUAGCUACCUAUUUGUCAACGUUCACUGGAAGUGUUUAUGACUCAGGUCUCAUUGGGCCUUGUCUGUGAUGUCACCUCACACUCAAACUGUCUGCUGAUAUCUACACUUGCCCUAUGUCCCGUGUGAGUGUGGGUGAACAUGUGAUGCCCAUCUUUGGCAAUGAAGGCAAGGGAAAACGACAACUGCGGGGCUACAUGAAGAACAAGAAAAUAGUCAAUCACAUUAAUGCUGAUAGAAACAGCCUUUUUCCUUCAUUUAAAAAAUGCCUAGAUUUAUUUUGUUUAAAUUUAAAUAUGUACAUAAAUUUGUUCGAGACAAACUGAUUUCUUUCUGUUUCGAAACAUAAAAAUAAUGGUUUAUCAACAUGGUCUCAUUGCAAAAAUAAAGGAAGUAAAGGGUGCACUGGAUGAAUUCCAGUGACCCUUCAUGUACAGUAUUUUACUGAAAUUAAAGCUUUUCAGAGUAAUGAAGUAAAAUUGUCCAAAACAAAAACCUUCGAGGGAAGGAAAAGAUACAGGACUGUUACGCAAAAUGGAUAGAUAUGGAGUUAAUGUUUCCCCUGACAGAGGCGUCUAGAACCAGGGGUCAGAGUUCCAAAAUAAGGAUUUUUUAUGUCAAGCAGAGAUGGGGAACAAUAUUUUUGUCUUGUGCAAGUAAAGACGAUUGUGGAGACUCAGUUGCUGAGUAGAUUCAAGGCAGAGCUUUUUGGAUAAAUUGGCACUGAGUUAAACAAUCAGCCAUAAUCUUAUUGAACAACAGAGCAGGCACAAGGACCAAAUGGCCUACUCCUAUUCCUUAGGUAGGGGCAUAGAGUGAUGACUGCUAGGUUAACUUUUUAAUCCAUUUCCCAUAGCUCAUUGUUGGGGCAUCCAAACUAUGACUCAUAAACCUCUGCAGUCCACCUAAUGUAGCCAGGCUAUGUAGUCCUAUCUAAUUUGCAAACCAAUUGGGAAUUCAAUCAGUUUGAUUAAAUAAAGCUGGAAACCUUAAUAUAAUUAUUUCUAUUGAUGAAAUAUCAUUGGUGAAUAAAUGUUAAAUAAAACACCAAGAGCUAAUGGUAAGCUCAUCUUGACAUUAGAAAAAAUUAACUUAACAUUGAUUCAGACUUAAACAUCGUGCCUGAUGGUCCACGAAAUUUUCUCUCGAAGUGUUUUGGACACUUUUGCUUCAGUGUAAUGCACUCAUAAUAAAUAUGUAUUGUAGUUUUAUAAUAUUCACAUUGAAAAUGCACUGACUUCUAAAUGUAUAGCAGGUUAGCAUGUUGCACUUAGAUAGUGGCAAGGCUAUUAAUGUUCAUAAUUCUACUUAUCACAUCAUCAGUGGAUUCAAAGAAUUGACAGCUGCAAUGAAAUAACUGGCGAACAUCAUGUUUUUAUACUUGUGUAAUAGCAUUCCAUCUUCCUAAUAUAUCGCAUUGUCAAUCGGAUUAAAAUUAACACAAUUAUUUCUGGAAAGUGGUUGCUGGCCAGAACUGCAGAAUUCACAAUAGAUAAAACAUCACAGCUAAUGAACUACUGCUGUUUAUUGUUUUGGUUCCAUCUUACAAGGAAUUGUCCUGUGUCCCACACAGUGAUACUUCUGCACGGAGGCAGAUAAUUAAAAUCAUGGCUAAAGAAAUGUCAGAUCAAUUUGGUUAAGGGAGAAAAAACCUAGUAUCUUUGCUUAAUUUCACAUGUGAUUUUGUAUAUUUUAACCAUAAGGGAAGUACCUAAAAAUGUGAAAUACACUUACAUUGGUGAAUUUGUCAUUAAAGUUAUUUUGAAACAAUAGAAUUGAAGGAACACCCACACCCACUGUAAUUUUGUCAUACUGAUUUAUGAUGUCUCACGUCAUUAGAAUUGCACAAUUUAAUGUCAUUAAACAGAAAGCAAGUUUUAUCAUUAAUCAAUUUUUAUAUAGCUUUUCUCAGCAAGGAAAAAAAUAAAUUUAGUUUACUUUUCACAUU